AUGGCGGCGAAUGAGGAUCAAGAGAUGGAGUUGGAGGCACUUCGCUCCAUUUACGAGGGUGACGAGUGUUUUAAAGAGCUCAGUCCGGCUUCGUUUCAGUUGCGGAUAGGAGACUUGGAAGAUUCCAAAGCAUUCAUCUUGGACAUCUCGUGGCCAGAGACGUACCCCGUGACCGGCCCCCGAAUCUCCCUGGGUGGCUUUUUUAACAACCGAAUCGCUCCGGAAACCAAGCGACUCAUUCUGUCCAAGCUGGAGGAACAAGUGGAGGCCAACCUGGGCGACGCCAUGACGUACACCUUGUUCGAGUGGGCCAAGGAGAACCGAGAAGCGCUGAUGGAGAACCACAGAGCCGCGGUCCCCGCCGUGACGUUAACAUCCGGAGGCGAUUCCACGCCCAACGCGGCGGCCGCCGCCAAGAAGAACAAGAAAGAGCAGCUCACCAAAGCGCAGAAGAGGAGGAUCGUCAAUCGGACAGACAACAAAGGGGAACUGCCGAGAGGUUGGAACUGGAUCGACGUCAUCAAACACUUGAGUAAAACGGGAGGCAAAGAUGACGAUUAG